AUGGAGCUUGGAGGGGCUCUGACGGCCUUCCUGGGCACCUGCGUCUUUUGCUUGAUCCUCGUCUCUGCGUGGAAGACGAGGCGCAAGACGGGGAAGCUGCCCCCGGGGCCGACCCCCCUGCCCUUCAUCGGCAACUUACUGCAAGUGAAAAUCGACGAGCCCUUCAGGUCGUUCCUGGCGGUGAGCGACCAAUAUGGCCCCGUCUUCACGGUGUACCUGGGGCCCCGGCGGGUUGUCGUCCUUUGCGGGCACGAGGCGGUGAAGGAAGCUCUGGUGGACCAAGGGGAAGACUUCAGUGGGAGGGGAGAGCUGGCUUCCCUGGACCGGAACUUCAAGGGGUUUGGAGUGGCUAUGGCCAACGGGGAGCGAUGGAAGCAGCUCCGCCGCUUCUCUCUCAUGACGUUGAGGAACUUUGGGAUGGGGAAACGGUCCAUCGAGGAGAGGAUCCAGGAGGAGGCCCAGUACCUGUUGGAGGCGUUCCGGAAGACGGAAGGUCUCCCCUUUGACCCCACGUUCUUCCUCAGCCGCACCGUCUCCAACGUCAUCAGCUCGGUGGUUUUUGGCACCCGCUUUGACUACGAGGACAAGACCUUCCUUGCCUUGCUGCGCAUGAUGAACGAGAGCUUCAUGGAGAUGAGCACCCCCUGGGCCCAGCUGUAUGACAUGUAUUCCUGCGUCAUGCAGUACCUGCCCGGGAGGCACAAUCGCAUCUACAAUAUCAUUGAGGAGCUCAAGGGCUUUGUUGCUGAGAAAGUCGAAGCCAACCAAGAAACGCUGGAUCCCGACAACCCACGAGACUUCAUCGACUGCUUCCUAAUCCAGAUGGAGAAGGAAAAGGGGAACCCUUCCAGCGAAUUCAACGUGACGAAUCUGGUCCUCACCACCCUCAACCUGUUCUUUGCUGGAACGGAGACUGUCAGCUCCACCCUCAGAUACGGCUUCCUCUUCCUGAUGAAACACCCAGAAGUGGAAGAGAAAGUUCAUCAGGAAAUCGACCAGGUCAUUGGCCGCAACCGCAUCCCUGCCGUCACGGACCGGAUGAGCAUGCCCUACACCGACGCCGUCAUCCAUGAGAUCCAGAGGCUGACGGACAUCGUCCCUCUGGGAGUGCCCCACACCGUCAUCCGGGACACUGAGUUUCGGGGGUACUUCCUGCCCAAGGGCACCAACGUCUUCCCUUUACUCGGCUCUGUUUUACGGGACCCCAGGCAUUUCAGCAGCCCAGAGGAAUUCAACCCUGGGCACUUCCUGGACGAGGGAGGCCGUUUCAAGAAGAACGAGGCCUUUGUGCCCUUUUCCUCGGGGAAACGGGUCUGCCUGGGGGAGGCCCUGGCCCGCAUGGAGCUCUUCCUGUAUUUGACCACCGUCCUGCAAAGCUUCUCGCUGAAGCCGCUCUUGCCUCCAAAGGACAUUGACGCCUCCCCCAGGAUGAGUGGCUUUGGGAACAUCCCACCCACCUACCAGCUGUGCUUGAUACCUCGCUAAUCUUGGCUGCUGCUUGGUGCGGGUCCCACCCCCAAGAAGAUGGGCUGAGAAGAGAUGGGGAGGGCAGGGCAGGAGGGGCAGCCUCUCCCCGUGCGAGCGCGCAUGUGUCUAGUCAUCCCUCUCGUAGUGGUGCAUUUCCCCACUAUGUUAGCCUGCUUUGGAGCCACAAGCCAAGUAUAUAUGUAGACCCACAAGACACCCCCCCAAGGUGGUGUGAUGUCUCUCUUUUGCACUGCCUAGCUGAUGGGCUGGAAGAAAUCCAGGGAAGCAGUGCUGAUGCUCUCUCCCACCUGGACAAACCCAAGUGACCUACAAGAGGGGCCUGAAUGCCAGGCCCCUGUUGUCCCCCUGGCAUCCCCUAAUGGGUAUAUCCACUCCAGUCCCCAAGCGCCUGGGCCCGGAAGGGACGCAGCAGAACCGGAGCCGACCCACCAAACACCUCCAGAUGCCACAUAAAGAGAACUGGGGCAAAGCAGGUUGUGGCCAAAUCUAAUAGUCCGACACACACACACACAUCCCAGCCCCCUCCACACUCUUUGGGGAGUUGUCACCACGCAGGGAGCCCCAGGGCCCAAAGCCAACUCUCCUGGCUUUUAAGAAGGGAGUCAUUAUAGGUCUCAUCCAACUGGGCUUUCUCCAUGGGUCUUAUGCAGAUCGAUUCCUUCGACAAAGUUAAUAUUCUGUUUAUUGUGGCUUCAAAGUUGCUAUUUUUCUAAUUGCAUAAUCUCUGUGUCCUUUUUGAUCUGUUUUAAUGAUGCCAGUCAGCUGCCUUGAGUGCAGUUUUU